GUGUGUGUGUGUGUGUGUGUGUGUGUGUCUAGCUCUCGCUCUUUCCCUCAGUCUGUGCCUCUGUGUAUGUGUGAGUGUGUGUGUGACAGAGAGAGAGAGAGAGCGCGAGAGGAGAGAGAGAGCGAGAAAGAGAGAGAGAGAGAGAGCAAGAGAGCGAGCUGUGAGCUGUGCUGCCGCCGCCGCUGCCCUUUGAUCCCGACAUUAGUGUUAGGGGCUCGGAGACACAGAGCGCGGCCAUAGACACCGCCGCACCGGCACUCAUUUAUUUAUACCUCCCAUCACACACGCGAGCAUAGGACACACACACACUCACACCUAUUAGAUCCGUUUCCAUUGAAGAAUAUUACGCUCGGGGACAAGCCAGGUGCACGACCAAAAAAUUAAAAAAAAAAAAAAAGGAAAAAAAAGAAAGGAAAGAAAAGAAGAGAACCCCUCAUCUGGCUCCAGGAAACCAGCUUCAGCCCAUUGCACACACCGGAGAGAAGGGGUUUCCCCCUGCCCGCCCGCCCGCCCCCCAACUACCUCCCCGCUCCUGCCAGUGUCUGCCUCUCUGCCCCCACGGGGGUUUAUUUGAUCUCACAUUAACCAAGGAGGAGAAUGUGAGAAAAGGGGGAAAAUGCCCAGGAGGAAGCAGGAGCAGCCCAAGCGCCUUCCCUCACAUGUUAGUAGGCUGGAAGAGGCGGAGGGAGAACUCAGUGAAGGAGAGCACUGGUAUGGAAACUCUUCAGAGACUCCGUCAGAAGCAUCCUAUGGAGAAGUCCAGGAGAACUAUAAGCUGUCUCUGGAGGACCGGAUCCAAGAGCAGUCCACUUCCCCUGACACCUCCUUGGGAAGUGCCACUCCCAGCAGUCACACGUUGGAGCUGGUGGGACUUGACGGUGAGGUCCUGAGAGACUCACUGCAAUGUCAAGAUCACCUCUCCCCUGGCGUGUCUUCUUUGUGUGAGGAUGACCCCCCAGGCUCCACUAAGCCCUUGAGCAGCAACCUGAGGCGGCUGCUGGAGGCUGGCUCCCUCAAACUCGAUGCCACCGCCACGGCCAAUGGCAGGGUGGAGUCCCCAGUGAACGUGGGCUCGAAUCUCUCCUUUUCCCCACCGUCCCACCAUGCCCAGCAGCUCAGUGUUCUUGCCAGGAAGUUGGCUGAGAAGCAGGAACAGAAUGACCAAUACGCUCCAAGUAACCGUUUUAUAUGGAAUCAAGGUAAGUGGUUGUCAAACUCAACCACCACCUGCGGCUUGUCUCCGGAUUCAGCCAUCCUCAAACUGAAAGCCGCAGCCAAUGCCGUUCUGCAGGACAAAUCUCUCACCAGGACUGAGGAGACCAUGCGAUUUGAGUCCUUUUCCUCCCCUUUUAGCUCCCAGUCUGCCAGUUCCACGCUGGCAGCCUUAUCCAAGAAAGUCAGUGAGAGAAGCUUGACUCCUGGUCAGGAACACCCACCCCCGGCCAGCUCUUUCCUUUCCCUGGCUUCCAUGACCUCCUCGGCGGCCCUUCUGAAAGAGGUAGCAGCAAGGGCUGCUGGGAGUCUUCUGGCUGAGAAAUCAUCACUGGUGCCUGAGGACCCUCUACCGCCACCGCCUUCAGAGAAGAAGCAAGAGAAAGUAACCCCACCACCCCCGCCACCGCCUCCACCGCCUCCGCCACCACCACCACAGUCCUUGGAAUUAUUGUUACUCCCAGUUCCUAAGGGAAGAGUUUCUAAACCCUCCAGCUCAGCCUCAGAAGAGGAAAGCGGGAAGCCUUUCCAGUGUCCGAUAUGUGGUUUGGUUAUAAAAAGGAAGAGUUACUGGAAGCGGCACAUGGUGAUCCACACAGGUUUAAAAAGUCACCAGUGUCCGCUCUGUCCAUUCCGGUGUGCUCGCAAGGACAAUCUCAAAUCCCACAUGAAGGUUCAUCAGCACCAGGACCGGGGAGAGACCUUUCAGUGCCAGCUAUGCCCUUUUACCUCCUCACGCCACUUCAGCCUGAAACUCCACAUGCGUUGCCAUCAGCAUUUCCUGAGGACAGAAGCCAAGGUGAAGGAGGAGAUCCCAGACCCAGAUGUCAAGGGAUCUCCCCACCUCAGUGACAGUGCCUGCCUGGGGCAGCAAAGGGAAGGAGGAGGGACAGAGCUAGUGGGGACCAUGAUGACGUCCAACACUCCAGAGAGGACUAGCCAGGGUGGGGCUGGCGUCUCGCCUUUGCUGGUGAAGGAGGAACCCAAGGAAGAUAACGGCCUGCCAACCUCCUUUACUCUGAAUGCUGCCGACAGGCCGGCCAACCACACAAAGCUGAAAGACCCCUCCGAGUAUGUGGCCAACAGUGCGUCAGCAUUGUUCAGCCAGGACAUCUCUGUUAAGAUGGCGUCUGAUUUUCUCAUGAAGCUGUCAGCUGCAAAUCAGAAGGAGCCCAUGAAUCUUAAUUUUAAAGUGAAAGAGGAGCCGAAGGAAGAAGAGGCCUUAAGUGCAGCUUUGCCUCGGUCCAGCUAUGUGUUCAGCCCGGAAUCUGAAGUGUCAGCCCCAAGCAUCGCUGAGGACACCCUUAAGCCCCAGGAGGGGAAGGGGAACGUGCUAAGGCCGGAUAUGUCAGUCAAAGCAGCGUCCGAACUUCUCAUGAAACUAUCAGCGGAAAGCUACAAGGAAACUCAGAUGGUGAAGAUUAAAGAGGAGCCCAUGGAGGUUGACAUCCAGGACUCGCAUGUCUCGGUAUCACCCAGCCGGAAUGUUGGCUAUAGCACUUUAAUCGGGCGAGAGAAAACCGAACCCUUACAGAAGAUGCCAGAGGGCAGAGUGCCCCCAGAGAGAAACCUCUUCAGUCAGGAUAUCUCUGUGAAGAUGGCUUCCGAGCUUCUCUUUCAACUGUCAGAAAAAGUGAGCAAAGAGAACAAUCACACAAAAGAAAACACCAUUCGGACGACCACCAGCCCUUUCUUUUCAGAAGAUACAUUUAGACAAUCACCAUUCACCUCUAAUUCGAAAGACCUGCUGCCCAGUGACUCUGUGCUUCACGGAAGAAUAUCAGCGCCAGAAACAGAAAAGAUAGUACUAGAGGCAGGAAACGGAUUGCCAUCCUGGAAAUUCAAUGACCAGCUUUUUCCCUGUGAUGUGUGUGGGAAAGUGUUUGGCCGACAGCAGACGUUGUCCCGACAUCUCUCGCUGCACACAGAGGAAAGAAAAUACAAAUGCCACUUGUGCCCCUAUGCUGCUAAGUGCCGUGCGAACCUGAACCAGCACCUGACCGUCCAUUCGGUGAAGCUGGUGAGUACGGACACUGAGGACAUUGUCAGCGCCGUCACCUCUGAAGGCAGUGAUGGGAAGAAGCACCCUUAUUAUUACAGCUGUCACGUGUGUGGAUUUGAGACCGAGCUCAAUGUCCAGUUUGUCAGCCACAUGUCACUCCACGUGGACAAGGAGCAAUGGAUGUUUUCCAUCUGCUGCACCGCCUGUGACUUUGUCACCAUGGAGGAAGCAGAGAUAAAGGCUCACAUUGGCACCAAGCACACAGGAGAAGACAGGAAGACCCCCAGUGAAUCAAAUAGCCCCUCUUCAUCCUCCCUCUCAGCUCUGAGUGAUUCAGCCAACAGCAAAGAUGAUUCAGACAGCUCCCAGAAAAACAAGAGUGGAAACAACGUGCUGGUCAUCUCUGUUGUGCCUGGGAGCCAGCCCUCACUGAAUAGUGAGGAAAAGCCAGAGAAAGGGUUCGAAUGCGUUUUUUGCAACUUUGUCUGCAAGACGAAGAACAUGUUUGAGCGCCACCUGCAGAUACACCUUAUCACCCGGAUGUUUGAGUGUGACGUGUGCCACAAGUUCAUGAAGACACCUGAACAGCUGCUGGAGCAUAAGAAAUGCCACACUGUCCCCACCGGUGGGCUCAAGUGCCCAUUCUGCAUUUAUUCCACCAACCGCCCCGCUGCCAUGGAGUGCCACCUCAAGACCCACUACAAGAUGGAGUACAAGUGCCGGAUCUGCCAGACGGUGAAGGCCAACCAGCUGGAGCUGGAGACGCACACCCGGGAGCAUCGCCUCGGCAACCACUACAAGUGCGACCAGUGCGGCUACCUGUCCAAGACCGCCAACAAGCUCAUCGAGCACGUGCGCGUCCACACCGGGGAGCGGCCCUUCCACUGUGACCAGUGCAGCUACAGCUGCAAGCGCAAGGACAAUCUCAACCUGCACAAGAAGCUGAAACACGCCCCACGCCAGACCUUCAGCUGCGAAGAGUGCCUGUUCAAGACCACACACCCCUUCGUCUUCAGCCGCCACGUCAAGAAGCACCAGAGUGGGGACUGCCCCGAGGAGGACAAGAAGGGCCUGUGUCCGGCCCCCAAGGAACCAGCCGGCCCCGGGGCCCCGCUCCUCAUCGUCGGGAGCUCCCGGAAUCUCUUGUCUCCCCUGUCGGUCAUGUCCGCCUCCCAGGCUCUGCAGACUGUGGCCCUGUCGGCUGCCCACGGCAGCAGCUCAGAGCCCAACCUGGCACUCAAGGCUUUGGCCUUCAACGGCUCCCCUUUGCGCUUUGACAAGUACCGGAACUCGGAUUUUGCCCAUCUCAUUCCCUUGACAAUGUUAUACCCCAAGAACCACUUGGAUCUCACAUUCCACCCUCCCCGACCUCAGACUGCGCCUCCCAGCAUCCCCUCACCCAAACACUCCUUCCUCGCCUAUCUCGGACUAAGAGAAAGAGCAGAGACUGUCUGAGGACAGCCGUGUUCUGUACCAAAAACAAAGAGACAGAGACAAAAACAGAAAACAACACAAAACAAAACAAAAAACCCACAAAACUUAAACACAACCCCAGCAGGUGUAUGUUGCUGCAAAACCUACAGACCCGCCCUGGGUCUGAACCACGUGUACUGUAUAUCUUUAGUAAGGAAUAGAGAAUUGGCUCUGUGUGUAUACCUAUUGCAUUGACCUGAAAGCUGCUUUAUUCAAUCUUCAGAGAGGUGACCUACUGCAUACUUCUACCUUCAGAGGCAUGCCUCCCCAGCCACCCACUCCCACUCUCAGCCCCUUCUCCGUACUUUUAUCUGAAAGGAAUUUUGUCUUGUUAGACCCUAAAGAGAGUGUCCUUAAUAGCAAUCAGCACUUGCAAGCUUAUGUACUGGUGCAUUUUGUUUUCUGUUGGGUGAAUGGGGCGUGUGGGUGUUGCGGAUUCUGAAAGAGAAAGCCGUGUGUCGUGUGCCAUGACAUUUCUAUUGCACAUCUCUUUGUACUGGCUUCUUUCACAGCGAUGAACAUUCUUUUCCCUCCUGGGUUGUUCAUCCAUGACAGUCUCUCCCCGAGCUCCUUCGUCACCUUUCCCUCUCUAUUUUAUGGCUACAGAGUGGUAGGGCCUGGUGCUUAGUCGAUGAAGGAGUGUAGACACCCGCAGUGCUGCUUGAGAUUUCCGACAGGGUGCCAGAGACCUUGUGCUCAGAUCUUCUUGGUUAUGAAGAUGUGAGAACCAAGAGACCACUCUGGAAGAAAUAUCUCGCAGAACUGCAGCCAACAUCACAAAACUUGUGUGUUUUGUGUGUGUGUUCAUACAUAUACAAUGUGUAUGGUGCACACACCGCAUCAUUUGUUAAAGGGCAGAUUAUAUAUAUAUAUGAUCAUAUAUAUAUAUAUAUAUAUAUAUAUGAUGUAUUAAUUCAGUGGUUACCAUUCAUUUGCAGGAAAAAAAAACUGUAUGAGUGAAAAAUUUUAUGGUUGAUAAAUCCAGCCAAGGAGAUUAAAGGGGUUUGGAUAAAUUCUGGGUAUCCAUGCUCAGACUAAAAAAAAAAAAAAAAAAAAAAAAAAAAAAAAAAAAAAAGAAACGGCAGUUUUUUGCACAGUGCUUUGGUCUUGCACUACUUUUUGUUUCUCAUCUGCAAAAAAAAAAAAAAAAAAGUAAAAGGAAGAAAAUGUACCUUUUAUAUGGAAUGAGUAGACUGUAUGUUUGAAAAUUUUGUCACAACCUCUUUGACAUAUAACGACCCAACAAAAAGGUGCUGUUUAGUCCUACGGUUCAAUUUAUGCCCCUGAGAAGUUUCCCUUGUGUUUGCAGAUCGUCUGGCUAUAGUGGUAUUCUCCAUGUUAUUAAUAAUUCUGUAUUCCAUUUUGUUAACGCCUGGUAGAUGUAACCUGCUAGGAGGCUAACUUUAUCCUUAUUUAAAGCUUUUAUCUUGUGGUCAUUAAAAUGGCAACUUAUGUGCAGCACUUUAUUGCAGCAAGAAGCAGAUGUGGAUUGGUCGCAGAGCCCUUUGCUAAUCCUAAAAAAGUAAAGGGUGAUUUAACAAGAAAAAAAAGAAUCUUUGGCAGAAUAUGUUAAUUGCUUGUAUUUUUAAGACAACAGAAUUUCCAGUAUGAAACAGGCUGAAAGAGCAGGAAGAAAUGUGCUUUGUAUAAUAAUGGAAAGAUUGGAAUAUAAAAGUUUAUAUAUUAUUUAUCUAUUGACGAACUGGUGUACAAGAGGAAUGCCUUCUUACUGCGUUGCUGUUUUCCAUCACGUGUUAUCCUAGAGUUGGGGUUUUUCUUUUCAUCUGUUUCACCAGGGGAAAAUAAAAGCAUCCCUAAUUUUCUUCCUCUAGUCAGUUUGCUUCACUGAAAGCCCCCUCGAACUUGGUACAGUUCUACAGGAAGCCAGAAGACUGUACCAUCUGUCCACACCAUGGACUCCCCCACCCCCAUACCAUCCUCCUUCCCCCAGACUGAGCAGGUGUGAUACACUUCUCUUCGCCAGUCAUCCAGCCCUGGAAAACCUGUUUACAGUAAGGAGAUGUCCCCAGGGGCAGGGAGGCUGAGCCAGCUAGGGCAGGAAGCUCCCGAACCCUCGGUCAUUCUCCAGCAGAGACAUUUGUUCUUGGCUAUGUUAGAAAUGUCGUUCAACCUCGCCAUGUCAAUGUCUCGGUAAAAGACACUAUAGACAGUUAUGGACAAUACACUCCAAGAAUACUGGGCUUAUGGGUGGGUUGGUUUUGUUUUUUUUUUUUUUUUUUUUAAGUCUUGUCUUUAUCCCCAUAUAAUGGAGAAUGUGCCACUUGGCUAAUAAUGUGCUUUCAAAAUUACAAGUUCAGUGAUGACAGAAUAGAGGGCCACGGUGAUCCCAUUGAGGCUGGCAGAAAAGGUGAAUCACACAUAAGCACCAGCAGGUUAAAAACCUGAAAGGGUGGCCCCUACAUUUAGGACUACAGGUUUUACAGCAUGCCACUUGUGCAAUAUGAGGUCCUAGGCUGAUACUUUCAAGAUUGAGAGGGAUGUUGGAAGGAGAUGUUUACUGCUCAAAUGCCAUGCAUUUCACUGCUUGCCACUGAACUUGUAUUUGAAUGACUUAGUUAUGCUUAAUGUAAUUGGGCAACUUUUUUAGCACUUUGGAAAGAGUCAUCAAUCUUUCUGGUAAAUUAUAAAAGUUUUCUGAGUGAGAAAAGGUGUGUUUGGAGUUUGUUUGACUUUUUAUAUUAUUAUUAUUGUUAUUAAUAAAGAAAAAUCUACAGCAUUUUUCAGACUCCACCGAGAUAAUAUAUACCCUCGAAUUUGGUUUGCAGUUUGAUACUCAGGGAAGGAUUAUUCCAUAGAUAUCCUUUCCGUGUAAAACACUAACAUCUUUGAGAAAUUCACCUGCCAACUAACUUCAAUUCUGUUUUCACUAUGCAUUCUUCAAUGAAAGCUAGCUUAUUUUUCCAUAUAGUACAGCAGUUAGCAUUCUCAGCACUUUCUUCUAUCCUUUUUUUAAUUCUUCAUAUUAUGUUCAGAUGAUCAUACUGUCAAGGUUUGUGUACAUUACUGAAAAUUUGUAUUGUAUAAAGCUUUUUGCAUUACAAGGCUGUACAGGGUCAUUUUGACAGUAACUGGUAUAUUUCUUUGCAUCUUAUGUUGCAUUGCCAAUUUCUAGUGUAUCCAGUUUGGAAGUAUAAUAUACUCUAAUUAAACAAAAAAAAAAGGUUGGCUAUA